AUGAAAGAAUCGCAUGAAUCUAGAAGCUUGCCAGAGACUCCUCGAAACCAGUUCCGCACUCCAAGAAGGCCUAGUCUACGAGGUCUUCCAACAACUGCCACGAAAACAACCGCACGGAACCGAUCACCACAGUCAUCGACAUCGGCAAGUGCUCGUAAGCGGACAUCGCUGCCACGAGCCCAGUCUACUCUCACGCAAAUUGACUUUGUGACACAACCCACACCUUCAAAUGAUGACCAGCUUGGCUACAUCGACGAACACAAACGUCGCGACGAUACUCGAGACACAACUCAGCGGCCAAAUGUAGAUGAUGGGUCCGACAAGGAUUCAGACUCUCUCCCCGCUCCACCAGUUCGGUCAGCUCGUAUCUCGAAAUUCAAGAUGAGCGAACGAGAGCGCGAGUCGGAUGAACGCCCGCAGAAGCGGAGGAGCUCUGGAAACGCCAAUCGAGAUGCAUACCGAAGUUAUGGACCACGAAAGAGCGAGACACCAAGGGCGAGUGUUCGUCCUAGGGGCGGUCGGAAAUCCCUGGAGAAAUCCACGGGAAAGCGGGACAAGACCUUAACCCAGAUGGACUUUGUACGACGUUACAUUACCAUCGAUGAUGAUGACGACGACGUGAACAUGGGAUAUAUCCAGCCGACACCGCAGAAGAAGGACAUAAAAGAUGAACAGACAGAUCACACGCCCAAACCGAACCAAUUACAGCAUACGAAGCGUCCGGCCUCCGCUAAACGGAAGCGCAGAUCUCUUGAAGAAGAGCUGGAUCUGUCAACUGGGGAACCUAUAUCUCAACAAAAAGAAGCACAAGAGUCAAAUCCUGGAAGCGGAGGUGAGGGCGAGCGAGCAUCUACAGCUCCUGUUACACCGCGAAAGCUUCGGACGCGCGAGAUACCUUCUUCACAGACGCCCGAAAGCCCUGGUCUCGCUAUUAUAACCUCAUCUCAAUUUCGCAGCGCUACUCGCUCUCCUUCAAAACGGAAUCCGUUAAACCCCACGAAUAAUCCCAUGCAACCUGUUAAAGAAGAACCCCCGGAGGUUCGGCGAGUGGUCGAGGAUUCACAAGAUCCUGGAGGUGAAUCUUUACCGCAGCCAACAACACUUGAUUCGCCAAGCAUCUAUAAUAGUUUGAUCCAUCCUGAUCUAACUACUACUGAGGAAUUCCCUUCAUCUGCACCUCCGACGGAGUCGACUUCCCAGGAAUUCCCCACCGAAGCAAACGGGAACUCGAGAAUUGAACCUACCAAGAGAGAGAGGACAGUCGUCUAUGAAACGGACGCGGACUCGGAAUAUGGAGACUUUGAGGACAACCUCAAUGGACGUUCCGUGACGCCAUCCCCAAAUAAAAUACACCGAGCAAUUGGUCCACAAGAUGGCUCACAGGCAACACAACACAGCCCGGAGUCACCCAAGGAUGAUUCCCAAGAACUUCCUCUACCAGCUGUGCAAUCGAGCCCUGGAUUGGAUGAUGCCCCUCCAUCCGAAGGUCCAAUGUCUGAUGCCUCAAUAUGCUAUCAAAGGAUGCACGCAGCUACACAAUUCCCGCAUGAGCCAAUCCCAACGCUGAAUACGCAGAAGAUGUCUGAGCUUUUCCCUCACGGAGGCAGUAGCCAGUACACAAAUUUGGAGGCUUGGAGGCCUUCUGUUCAAAGACAGGCACCGGGUCCAUUCUCACAGAUACAGACACAGAGUCAGGAAGGCGACAAAGAGUCUACUGAAAUGGUUCCCGAGUCGUCGCCCAUUCGGGAACGAGAACGUGGAAUCGAGCCUGGUGAUAGUUCGUUUCAACGCCCUCGUGUUCCUGGCUCAGUGGUUCAAGUCGAGUCCUCGCAGGCGGUGGACCGAGAUCCUCAAUGGCAGGGUCGGGUCCUCUCUCGGAGCCAGCUUCUUACAUCGAGCGUCAUGGAGAGCAUUCCGCUCCCGAACUUUUGGAUGGGGAGUCAGGAUAGUGUAGGAGAGCCUUAUAGCUUACCUGAAGGAUGA